CAAAACAACAUACAGACAAUCCUCUUCGGUUUUGACAGUUCUUUCAUUGAUUUCAAAAUCGUUAUUUUCUCCUUACAUGGUCAAGAUAUAGCUUUGAUGCGAUAAAUGUUCAAUUAACGUGAUUUGUUGGUCUUAGCAAUAAUUUAAAAUUGUCAAUUACUGGAUUGGUUAUAUUUUGACAGAACGAAACAAUGAAGGAUAGAAGUGAUACAAUAGUCUUUAAUAUAAGCAAGAACGAGCAGUUUCGGCUUGAUGAUACUUAUAAAACACUUCAUCGCAAACUGAAGGGAAGUUGGCGAGUUGUUGUUAAUAAAGAUGAAAUAAACUCAGAAGUCAUUGCGGGUGCAACCCUCUUUGUGCUACCGGGUCCUCGUCAGAAAUUUACUGAAGCAGAAGUAGAAACCCUUAAAAAAUAUUUAGAUUCUGGGGGAAGUAUAUUGGUUCUCCUUGGAGAGGGAGGAGAGAAAUCAUUUAACACCAACAUCAAUUUUAUGCUUGAGGAAUUUGGUAUCAUGGUGAAUAGUGACUGUGUUGUUCGAACACACUAUUAUAAAUAUUUUCAUCCCAAGGAGUGCCUUGUCUCUGGAGGAAUUCUCAACAGGGGUGUUACUGAGGCAGCAACUCGAAUUGGAUCAGCAGGUUUGUCACGAGGAUCAGCCAAAAAUGGAUCCUCCCAAGUUGUCAAUGGCAUUAAUGAACAAUCAAGUCUCAAAUUUGUAUAUCCAUUUGGAGCUACAUUGAGUGUUGCCAAGCCUGCUGUUGCAGUUCUUUCCACAGGAACAGUUGCUUUUCCCUUAAAUAGACCAGUAUGUGCCUUUUAUUCUCAUCAACCUGCUGCGGUUAUUUCUUCAGAGCUAUCAGAAAAAAGAGGUCGAUUAGUAGUUCUUGGGUCUGGACAUUUUUUUGCUGAUCCUUACUUGGAGAAAGAGGACAAUGAUAAGCUACGGGAUGCAAUUUUUCGCUUUUUAACCACCGAUCAAGUAAAAUUAAAUGCAAUAGAUGCUGAGGAUCCUGAGAUUGCUGACUACACACCAGUACCUGACAUAAGUUAUUUGUCUGAUUGCCCCAGACUUUGUCUACAAGAAAGUGCAGUAGAUAUUCCACUUGAUUACACAUCACUUAUUGACACUCGAUUAUUUUCUCUGCACACUGGCGGAGUAGCAGAUGCAGUUCGUGCCUAUGAUACCCUUGGAGUUAAGCACGAACCAUUAAGACUUAUUACCCCUCAAUUUGAAACACCUCUACCUCCUUUGCAAGCUGCAGUUUUCCCUCCAUCAUUCCGUGAGCUUCCUCCACCGCCUUUGGAGCUUUUUGAUUUGGAGGAGGCUUUCAGCUCUGAUCGUUCUCGCCUAGCACAAGUGACAAAUAAGUGUGUUGUGCCAGGAGGAUCAGAAGAAACUGCAGAUCUAGAAUAUUUUGUUCGAGAAUGUGGACGUAUUCUUGGAGUAUCAGGCAAUGAAAAUGAGAGUGCCCAUUCCAUUUUACAUAAUGUAGCCCUGACUAUAGCUGAUUUCAAGAAGAGUGGUCAGCUGAUACGUGAAGUAAGUUAAAUAUGAAUUGAUUGAUUGUGUGCAGCCAUUUAGCUGAAAAGAGCACGUCAGCACCUUAUAAAUAACAAUAUUGUGUUGUUUUUUUCUUUUUAACUGCAUACUCACAAAAAUACAAAUUGAUUUGAAAAAUGUAGUCAGCAAACUGUAUAUUAAUUAAAAUGAUAAACAAUAA